GUUCAUUAACCUAGAAGAAUACGAGGGAGGUUUCAACAUACCAGAGAUGGAAGAGAUGUUUCAAAACAUUGAGGAAAAGUAUGAUGUUUGGAGUUCAAAUUUUGCUAGUAUAGCUAUGGAUCCAAGUGAUCCUCCUUCUGUUGACAAAUUUGAUAAAUGCUUGAAAAGAAUGGGAGUUGAAAUUGCAUUACCUUUAGCCAAAACUGUUUUCCUAAGUGACUAUAGACACAUUCUUGACAAGGUUAUUACCCCAUGUACCAUAAUUCAAACCAAGGUUGAUUUUGCUGUUCCAAACUCGGUUCCCACCUACAUGCACAACACUAUCAAGGGAGAAUCCACUGUUGAGAUCAUCAACACUCAUGGCCAUUUUCCGCAGCUCACUGCUCAUCAAGAAUUCCUUGAUGUAAUUCAUAGAAUCUUAACUUCUUAGAACAAAUCAUUUGUGGAAUAAUGUAGUAGUAAUCUUGUAUCCAUGACCUUUAUUGGAUACAAGAUGAUACUAGCUAGCUUGGUUUUUUUGUUAGGAUGAUUUGUAUGGUUGCUUGUGUCAUAGUUUGGGCUAAUAGUGUUUUGAAUGUAUAGUUUGUCAAUCUGGUUGAAUGAUUGAAAUUUGUUCUAUUGUGGGGUCUUUGUUUGUAAAUCAUGCAUGAAUAACUAUAAAUACAUUAAUCUAUUAGCCAAUUGAA